UCCUCCAACUGCUAGUCAGCACCAACCGAUGCUGCAGAAUGGGGAAGGGUCUCAAAACCAUGAUCCUUCUUGUGUCAGUUCUGGGGACUCUAUAUUAUUAUAUUUACCUGCGCAAAUCUUCCAUGUUGCAAUUUUCAGAACUUAGCAAUGUGUUUCACUCAUCUGAGACAAUGCUGUUGUCCAAAACUGGGGUACUGGAGGAAAGUUACCACCAAGUCAAUAAUUCACGGAUUUUGUUUGCUAAAAACUUAGAGGACAAUGUCAAGGCCGGGCGAAACGACGAAGAUUUCUGGAGAGACCUCAACGUGCUCAGUACGAAACUACCAGAGACAGUGCAGUCAAUGAGGAAUCCCUGCUGGUGGAACCAGCAUCCACCCCAGACCACCUGUGACAAACUGACGCUGAUGAACAAGGCCUUGAAACUGCCUGCUAACCCGGAGAAUGGGCCAGUUCUGAGGUGCUUGCCGUAUUUCUAUCUCAUUGGUCAAGCAAAGUGUGGAACAACAGACUUAUUUUCCAGAAUCACCCACCAUCCUAGUAUUCUGUCACCCAUAACAAAGGAACCAUUUUGGGUUUUUCCUCUACGGUUUCAAAAAGGUUGUUCAUCGAUUGAGACCUACCUUGACUUUCUUCAAACCUCCUCUGACACGAUUAAGGACGACUACUUAGCCCGCAACGUUAGCUCACUAAUUACAGGGGACGGAUCAACCACGACCAUGUCCGGAAACGCCUGGUGGAACAUGUUGCCUGGUAACGAGGGAUGUGGAGAGCCAUGCAUCACCAACGCUAACAUAGUACAUCACAUGAACCCCAGAGCAAAGAUAAUCGUGUCACUGAGGAAUCCUACAUCCAGGUCGUUUUCCUAUUACAUCAUGAAGGCUCGAGUUUUGAAGUACAACAUUUCCAAGGAACAUUUUCAUAACCUAGUGUUCAACGAAAUUACCGAGUUUCACAACUGCAUGUCACUCUCAUCUCUCCGUUCCUGCGUCAUGAACACAACGGAGGAGAAUUACCUCACUACAGCGAUCGGCCUUCGUUCCAGCAUUUACCACACCCACCUGGUCGACUGGUUGAAAGUCUUCCCUCGAGAACAGAUACAUGUUAUACAUUUUGAACACUACAUUAGACAUGUAGAAGAUACUCUUGCUGGCGUCUACAAUUUCCUCGAAGUAGGGUUGCCGUCCGACAAUGAGAUGAAACACAUUGCUGGACGUCGAAUCGAGAAUCAGAGAACAGAAACUGGGAAACAGCUCGGUGACAUGUGGCCGGAAACACGAGCCCUACUCGAUAAUUUCUUCAGACCCUUUAAUGCACAACUAGCUUCCUUAUUAAACAACGAGGCCUUCAAAUGGACACUGAGCAACUAAAGUUUGGAACAAAG